CCAGCGGCACAGUGUGAACUUAGGAACUGCAACGGGGAGGGACAGAUGCAAGGUUGCAGUCCAGUCUGCAUUAUGUUCAUCUGUUCAUAACUGUUCCACUGCUACAUUCAUACGCCGCUGAGGCAGGUGGUCUUUUCGGAUGGUGCCGUGCGUGGUUUCCAAAAGCGGACCUGUGGAACAUUAGCAUCGGAGCAACUGAAGCUCACUGAACUGAUUACCGUCCAUUCAAGUCAGGAAAUGGAGGACAAUCAAUAAAUGUACAUUAACUUGUCAUCGGACCAACCAGGAAUGACCUGUCUUUUACCACUGUAAAAGCUUCUUCUUGACAGCUUGUUCUACACAGCCAUAAUUCAGAAUUCUCUCAACUGUUCUUUUGGGUGGGUUUUCUCCUGGCCACAUCCAAAAUGUCUGAGGCUGACUUCCAGAGACUUGAGAUGUUUUUCCAGAUCCUGCACAAGGACCCCUCCUGCAACCAUUCCCACCUGACCUUCCAUAACACCAGCAUGGUAUACAAUCUGGACUUCCCUGGCGAUGGCUCCCACUGGCUGCGCGCCAUCAUCUCCGUGGUGUACUGUGCCGUGGCCACCGGCGGACUGCUGGGCAAUCUUCUCGUGCUGUACCUUCUCUGCUCCACCCGGACCAUCGUCAAGAGUGCCAUCAACUUCUUUGUGUUCAACCUGGCCCUGGCUGACUUGCUACUCUCCCUGGCGCUGCCGUUCUGGGCAGUAGACAUCACCCUGGACUACAACUGGCCUUUUGGUUUGGCCAUGUGCAAGGCCGUGUCCCUCCUGACGGGCCUCAACGUCUACGCCAGUUGCUUCUUCCUGAUGGCCAUGAGCUUAACCCGCUACUGUUCAGUGGCUACUGCACUCAAGCCCGCUGCACCACUCGGUCACAAGCUUUGUGAUUCCCGGGUAACUACCGCACUUAUAUGGGCCGGGGCACUGGUGGCUGCUGCACCGCGUGCCGUGUUUGCCGAUCUCAACAGAGUAGGCAUGGCCAAUGACACUGCAUGUCUGCUCCGCUUCCCUAAAGGUACAAAUUGGCUGGCUGUCAACCAACUCCUGAGGCUUCUGUUUGGCUUCCUGUUGCCCUACUUCAUCAUGAUCCUCUCCUACCUGCUCCUGCUGCGCUUCCUCUGCCGGCACAAGCUGAACGGUGUCAACCCACAGCGACAGGCUCAUGUCUCCAAGUCCGUGGCAGUUGUGGUGCUCUCCUUCUGCACCUGCUGGUUCCCGUAUAACGUGCUAACUCUCUGGAGUGCGCUGAUCCAACUGGAUCUAACAGAAAUCAGUCCCUCCUACUACUUUGUCCAGACCUACCUCUUCCCCUUGGCCAACUGUCUGGCCUUCACCAGUUGCUGCCUCAACCCUGUCAUCUACUGCCUCAUUCGCAGGGAGUACCGCAAGGCCCUGCGCACCCUGGUCUUGAAGUCAAGUCUUGCAAUCGCUUCCAAAGCCUGCCUCUCGGCAGUCAACUCCAAUGAGGACCAGAACCGUGAUGGACAGCUGGGCAUCCCGCUCAACAAUAUGGAAAGCCACACGGCCCAGUCUUACACCAAGAGGUCAGCACUGCCUUCUACCACUCUAUCGCUGGGUCCCAGUCCCAAGGGCCUCUGUCCGCUCAAUGACCUCACCUGAGGAGGAUAUCGCUGAACCUCAGACAUGGAUUAAUUAAAGCUUCAAUUCAAUUGUGUUGGUGUUUUCGCAUGGGUAUGACAAAGCUUUUUUUCCUUUACCAAAACCAAAGUUGUAUCUAUAUUAUGAGACAAAUGCCUUGUUGCCUUUCGCAUGAACACGACAAGGGUGUGAAUUUUUGUGAACAUCAUCAGGACAUUCCUUCUUAUUGGCAUUCAAAUUAUGCAUUGUGUUGUUUUCUAUAGUUUGUGGGAUCAUUUCUUAAAUUAAACUUAAUUAUUGCAAGGGAAAGCAAAUCAAAUUAGGAAACAAGUUAACAACAUGUUAUUGCAUCUUAUUUUGAGAUGGAGUGUAAUAUUAAUUAUUGAGACAAAAUCUUUAGGUAGUCAGCCCCCCAAAAACUGAAACGGCACUAUAUAUAUAUAUAAAAGUAUGUAGACACACCUUCAAAUUAGUGGAUUCGGCUAUUUCAGCCACACCUGUUACGGACAGCUGUAUAAAAAUCGAGCACCCAGCCAUGCAAUCUCCAUAGACAAACAUUGGCUGUGGAAUGGCCUUACUGAAGAGCUCAGUGACUUUUAACGUGGCACUGUCAUAGGAUGCCACCUUUCCAACAAGUCAGUUCGUCAAAUUUCUGCCCUGCUCGAGCUGCCCCGGUCAACUGUAAGUGAUAUUAUUGUGAAGUGGAAACGUCUAGGAGCAACACCGGCUCAGCCGCAAAGUGCUUGGCCACACAAGCUCACAGAAUGGGACAGCCGAGUGCAUAGCGUGUACAAAUUGUCUGACCUCGGUUGCAACACUCACUACAGAGUUCCAAACUGCCUCUGGAAGCAACAUCAGUACAAUAACUGUUCGCCAUGAGCUUCAUGAAAUGGGUUUUCAUGGCCGAGCAGCCGCACCAAAGCCUAAGAUCACCAUGCGCAAUGCCAAGCGUCUGCACCAUUCGACUCUGAAGCAGUGGAAAUGCGUUCACUAGCUAUGGAUCAACCUUGACCAUCUGGCAAUCCGACCGACUAAUCUGGGUUUGGUGGAUGCCAGGAGAACGCUACCUGACCGAAUGCUUAGUGCAAACUUUAAAGUUUGGUGGAGGAGGAAUAAUAAUCUUGGGCUGUUUUUCAUGGUUCAGGCUAGGCCCCUUACUUCCAGUGAAGGGAAAUCUUAACACUACAGCAUACAAUGAUAACUUUGUGGCACCAGUUCAGGGGAAGGCCCUUUCCUGUUCCAUUAUGAAAAAGCCCCUGUGCACAAAGCGAGGUCCAUACAGAAGUGGUUUGUUGAAAUUGAUGUGGAAGAACUUGACUGGCUUGCACAGAGCCUUGACCUCAAACACAUCGAGAAUCUUUGGGAUGAAUUGGAACACUGACUAUGAGCCGGGCCUAAUCGCCCAACAUCAGUGCUCGACCUCACUAAUACUCUUGUGACUGAAUGGAAACAAGUCCCUUCAGCAAUGUUCCAACCUCUUGUGGAAAGCCUUCCUAGAAGAGUGGAGGCUUUCAUAGCAGCAAAGUGGGCACCAACUUCAUAUUAAUUCCCAUGAUUUUGGAAUGAGAUGUUCGAUGAGCAGGUGUCCUCAUACAAUUUUUUUGUAUGAUAUUUAUUGCAAAUGACCCAUGACUCUCAGCCCAAGAGGUGCAAGCUAUUUGUCCUUUUAGAGGAGCAUGGUCAGGCACUCGAGGGGUUGGCAGUUAAAACCCAGUGUGAGCCACUUCCUUUAAUACUGUAUAAUGAUAUUGUUGGGGUACCAUUUUUUGUUGCAUUUUUAAGACUUCUUUGCUAGAUCUAUAUGACUGGCAUUUUGAGUCAACUGUUGAUUGCUCCUUAGGAAUACGCAAGUACUUUUUGGGGUUAAAAAGAUGGAAAAGAAGGCCAUAGACUACAUUUACAAGAAAAAGUGGGACAAGAAACACAAUGUUGAAGUCAAAGCCCCUGCCAACUAAUAUUAACACUUAUAUUUUGUUUUGGAGAAAUUAUUUACCUUCUGUAAGUUUAAGAAACAUUGCCUUGUGCCUUGUAAUUCCUUUACCAAAAUCCCACAUCUCUUUAAGA